UAUUGAGGAAUUUUCUUUUUCUUUCGACUCUUUCUCGUUUCCCACAAACAAACACAAACCACAUCUUUGUUAUGGGUUUGAUGUAUCGAACGUUUCUUGAAGGCAGCGUUGUCUAUGCGUGUGGCAAAUGCAGAACCCACUUGGCCACGGACGAGUAUGUGCUGUCAAGGCAAUUUCAAGGCAAAUAUGGAACGGCAUAUCUUUUCCAUCAAGUCGUGAAUGUUAUGCAGGGUGAUGAGCAAGACAGAGCCAUGACCACGGGAUUACACACGAUCAAAGAUGUACUGUGCUCCAAGUGUAAAACCACACUCGGCUGGAUUUACGUGAAAGCGUAUAAUGAUGACAACAAGUACAAAGAAGGCAAAUGUGUUCUCGAAAGCAAACUCUUGGCCGAAGCGCAUUGAAAAAAAGUAAUGAUGAUACGGGCAUGCUGGUGCGUGUACAUAUGUAAAGAGAAGCAGAAGAAAGAAUGUAUAGUAGUGUAUAUUAUAUAUAUUUACAAAACAGAAGCAUAAACCAAGUGAUAGAUGUCGAGUGUGUGUGUGUGUGUGUGUGUGUGUUUGCGUAUAUGAUUUACCAAGAAUUGGCUUGUUCAACUUCCUCUAGUUUUUUCGCAUGCUUGUU